AUGACUAACUUUCAAACUGGAAGAGAUGUUCGUGAUCUCCCUGAAUAUAAACAAGCCCUAAUUAAUGAAUCUAAAGUUCUUCAAACAAAAUUUGAAGAGAAUUAAAUCCAUGUUUUUGAUGUCGAAAUUGACCUCAGAGGUAAACCUAGCUUCAUCCACACUUAUAUGUGCGGAGAAGACAAUGAAGAAACAAUCGUUCUUUUACAUGGCUAUUCGGGUAGUAGUCUUUCUUAUUACUAAAUGUUACAACCACUUUCACAGAGAUUUAAAGUAUUUGCCCUGGAUUUUAUUGGAAUGGGGCUUUCUGAUAGACAAAAUUUCGAAAUUGAUAAUUCUUGUCCUUAGAAUGUGAUUGACUUUUUUGUUGAGUCAGUUGAACAAUGGAGAAUUACCCUCGGUAUAGAGAAAUUUGUUCUUGCAGGGCAUUCAUUCGGAGGUUACAUGGCUGCAAAUUACGCUUUAAAACAUCCUGAAGUUGUCUGUAAGCAACUCUUCCUCUUUUCACCAAUGGGAGGCACAGAAGUAACUCCGGAAAAUGAUCUAUCAAACGAAGCUAAUUUUAACAACUAUUUAAAAAGCAAACCUUUCUUACAAAAAUUAGAUCUAUUAUUCAGUCGUUAUUAAGGAAAAAAGAAAAUGACUCCUAAAAAAUUUUUUGAGCAAUGGUUUAUCCCAAAGUCUUUUGUCCUUGGUUAAGCAGUUUAGUAGAAAUUAAAUGUAAAGCAAAAAGACGAAGUUCAUCCUUGGAUUUAAUACUUGCUUAACUUCUUCUCAUUACCAGAAUCAACUGACAAGUAAAUUCAUUCCCUUGUUGGUUUUCCUCGCGCUUAGCCUAAGCUCUCUUUAGAAGAGAUCAUAAGAAAUAACAAUUAAUCAAUGAAUGCUAAAGUACAUGCCUUAUAUGGAGACAAUGACUGGAUGAACAGCGAAGGCUGUCUCCGUUUAUACUAACAAAAAUAUCUUAAAGGAACUUUCUCAACAGUUUAAAGUGCAGGCCACCAUUUGAUUAUGCAAUAACCUGAUUUAAUUGUUAAAUUUAUUAUCAACAAUUCAAAUUCUGUCUGA